AUGGACCUGGGCGCUGUUACAGCUAAAAUACUGUCUGAAUGGAAGAGCCGCGAGAGUGCAUUUGGAGGAGAACAGGAGUCACGUCAGUCCACCUCACCACAAUCCUCAAUGGACUCCAUGUGCUCCUCACCAGAGAUGUGCUACUCCAGCGGGAAUCAGGAGAUCAACGAUUUCUCUUUUGGCUUCACGGGACGCAGGAGGGCCCCGGCGGCGCAAAGGCAGAGCAAGCCCAAGAUGUCCACUAAAAGGCGCAUGAAGGCCAGCGAGAGGGAGAAGAUGAGGAUGAGGAGUCUUGCAGAGGCUCUGCACCAGCUCCGUGACUACCUGCCGCCGGACUACAGCAAAAGAGGCCAACCCCUAACCAAGAUACAAACCCUUAAAUACACCAUUGAAUACAUCAACAAGCUCUCAGACAUCCUGAGCCGCGCGUAA